AUGGCUGAAGAAAACAGCCCUGUGACUAGCCAACACUCCAAAAAACAUGCCCCAGCUUUAACCCAUUUCCAAGGCCAUUGGUGUCUAUCUCAGCUUGUUCCAAAUGUAAUAUCCUUCCAAAAACACUUCCAAGCUCUUGACGAUGACAUUGUUUUAGCCAGCAAGCCAAAAACUGGAACGACAUGGUUGAAAUCCUUGGCCUUCAGCAUCAUGAACCGCAACCGUUUCACUCUCUCCGACAGCCCCUUGAAUUCAUCAAACCCUCACGACCUUGUUCCCUACUUUGAAAUGACUUUGUAUAAAGAUGGUCAAAUCCCCGAUUUUGCUGACGUUUCAUCACCAAGGCUGUUCUCCACUCACCUUCCUUAUCAAGCAUUAGCUGAAUCAAUCAAACAAUCGAAUUCCCGAAUUGUUUAUAUAGCUCGCAAUCCUCUGGAUGUUAUUGUUUCGUUGUGGCAUUUCAUUACAAGUAAACCAGAGCGUGCUGAUUGGACUUUGGAGGAAUGUUUCGAGCAAUUUUGCAGAGGUGAAGAAGCGUAUGGACCCUUUUGGGAUCAUGUUCUUAGGUACUGGAAAGAAUCCUCGGAGAAGCCAAACAAAGUUUUGUUCCUCAAGUACGAGGACAUGAAGGAAAACGCAAAACCUCAUAUAAGAAAGAUGGCAGAAUUCAUGGGAUUUCCAUUUUCCGUGGAGGAAGAGACAGCCGGAGUCAUUGAGGAAAUAGCAAAGUUUUGCAGCUUGAGCAACCUAAAGGAUUUGGAAGUGAACAAGACAGGAACCCUGGCAGCCUCACCACGUCAGACUAAACCUUUCUUUCGGAAAGGUGAGGUGGGUGACUAUGUUAAUUAUCUCAGCAAUUCUGCAGUGGAACGAUUCUGUAAGAUCUUCGAUGAAAAACUGAGUGGUUCUGGCUUGACCUUUAGAAUGUCUUUGUCAGGAUAAAACUUGGUUAAGGAAACCAUGUAAAA